CUUGUGCUGUGUUUUUAUUUUAGUAACACAUUUCACAUCCUGCGACCUACAAAAGCUCCAGGUUUUGUUUAUGCUUGGUUAGAACUGAUCUCCCAUCGGAUAUUUAUUGCAAGAAUGCUGGCACAUACACCACAGCAGAAGGGUUGGCCCAUGUAUGCACAGCUCUUGAUUGACCUGUUUAAAUAUUUGGCUCCUUUCCUGAGAAAUGUGGAACUUGCCAAGCCUAUGCAAAUCUUGUACAAGGGAACACUGCGUGUGUUACUGGUAUUAUUACAUGAUUUCCCAGAAUUCCUUUGUGAUUACCACUAUGGAUUUUGUGAUGUGAUUCCUCCAAACUGUAUUCAGCUAAGGAAUCUGAUUUUGAGUGCCUUCCCGCGUAAUAUGAGGCUUCCUGACCCCUUCACUCCCAACCUUAAGGUUGACAUGCUGAGCGAGAUUAAUAUUGCUCCACGGAUACUCACCAAUUUUACUGGUGUGAUGCCACCUCAGUUCAAGAAGGAUUUGGAUUCAUAUCUCAAAACUCGUUCUCCGGUCACAUUCCUGUCUGACCUGCGCAGCAACUUGCAGGUAUCAAAUGAACCUGGCAAUCGUUACAAUAUUCAGCUGAUAAAUGCCCUGGUGCUUUAUGUCGGUACUCAAGCUAUUGCACACAUUCAUAAUAAGGGCAGCACACCUUCUAUGAGCACCAUCACUCAUUCAGCCCACAUGGACAUCUUCCAGAAUCUUGCUGUUGAUCUGGACACAGAAGGUCGGUACCUCUUCCUGAAUGCGAUCGCCAAUCAGUUACGGUAUCCCAAUAGCCACACUCACUACUUUAGCUGCACCAUGCUUUACUUAUUCGCGGAAGCCAAUACAGAAGCUAUUCAAGAACAGAUCACCAGGGUUUUGUUAGAACGACUGAUUGUAAAUAGGCCUCAUCCCUGGGGUCUCUUAAUCACCUUCAUUGAAUUGAUUAAAAACCCAGCAUUUAAAUUCUGGAACCAUGAGUUUGUUCACUGUGCUCCAGAAAUUGAAAAGCUGUUCCAGUCUGUUGCACAGUGUUGUAUGGGGCAAAAACAGGCACAGCAAGUAAUGGAAGGAACUGGAGCGAGUUAGAAGAAGCAAACUUUGUGGAAACGAUGCCAGCCUGGAGAUCUCUAUCAAGCUGACAGAAGAAUAUGGGUGGGUCUGCCUAGACCUUGGCGCUGCCUUCCCCUCCCCAUCCUGGGCUUACACCACAGGUCUUUUUGCAAGAAAUCUCCUCAUUCUUGGGCAUGUUAAAGUUGAAAACAAAGUUUCCGACUCUUGGCCAAAAUUCAGAAGAUGCUGUGAAUAUAAUUUUGAACUAUUGUAAAUACACAGAACAGAAAUAUUUGUUGGAACUUUGGAUUUGUGCAUAUUGUGUUUCAAGAGAGGCACAUAACGUGUGCCUGACCAGCUUAUAAUAAAGUGGUGGCUGCUGAUGCCAAGCACUUGUCUGGGGCAGAUCUGCUCGUCCGACAUUCCCGGACUCCCAAAGAGUAUGGAAAAGCCAGUUUAAAUAUUAUGUAACUUAUUUUUCUUGUGGGUGGGGACUUCUAAAUCACAAAAUUCUCAACAACAACAAAAAAAAGGAUGCUCAGGAUCCUAUGGAAUAUUAAGGGGAAUGCGGGAGAGUGGUUACUGUUGGGAUCCAGGAUGUUGCUUUUCCCAUAUCAAAUGCUGCCACCAGAGCCGGCCAAUGGAGUCGGAGAAGUCCUUAGCAAAGAGAAACCUCAAGCCCUGUGGGAGAGGGCUGAUCGUUUUAGCAAGAGAAACAACCAGGCCUGUAGAUUUUCUUUCUUUACGCUUGUAAAUUUGGGAGGGGGAGGAUGUGAAUCUAUUAACUGCUCCCCUGUGGCCACAAAGUUUGAGUUUGUAAAAAGAACAAAAAGGACCAAUACAGCCCAUUUUGUAAGGAUUUUGAAUGUUUUGUAAAUGUAUUGGUCCGUGUGUUGUAUUUUGUAGCCUUUCUAGUUCUCUUGGGCUUUAGUUCUCCCACUUCUUGUAUGUAUGCCUUCUGUAGUUAAACAUUAAAGUCAUGACAAGCA